AUGCUCCAACGUUCCCUCGUCACCUUCUUCUUCCUGGCUCUCUUUCUGGCCGCCAUCCCGAUUUCCUCCGCAGCUACUGAAGUUGAGGAUGAGAGGGAGUUUACUUACCGGCCGGACGGGGAGAACGGGCCGAACCGGUGGGGUGAGAUUCAUCCAGACUGGCACAGUUGCAACAGCGGGAAGAUGCAGUCUCCCAUUGAUAUGUUGGACGAGAGAGUUGACGUCGUCUCUCAUUUGGGGAGGCUUAACAGAAGCUACAAGGCAGCCAAUGCCACUCUCAUGAACAGAGGCCACGACAUGAUGAUGAAGUGGGAAGGUGGAGCAGGAAGCAUUCGAGUAAAUGGAACUGAAUACACUCUCGAGCAAUGCCAUUGGCACACUCCUUCUGAGCACACCAUCAAUGGCAAGAAAUAUGCCAUGGAAGCUCACAUGGUUCAUGAAAGUGCCGAUGGCAAAAUUGUUGUCGUUGGGAUUCUAUACACAAUAGGAAGGCCCGACUCAUUCCUUCAAUCGAUACAACAUCAUUUAGAGGAUGUAGCCGGGACUAAAGAAGAUGAGACGACGGUGGGAGUAGUGGAUCCGAGAAAUAUCAAGAUCGGCAGCAGAAAGUACUAUCGAUACAUUGGCUCACUUACUAUCCCACCUUGCACGGAAAAUGUUACAUGGAGUAUUGUUAAAAAGGUUAGAACCGUCUCUAGAGAACAAUUGAGGUUGCUUCGGGUGGCUGUUCAUGAUGAUGCAAACUCAAACGCUAGACCAUUGCAGCCUAAGUUUGGAAGGAAAGUGAAUCUCUUCAGACCAGAAGAGGGCAAAGAUGACUAAAUGGUUCACUAGCACAAGGAUAUGUAGUUAAAUGGGGUGUGUUAAGUAUUCAUUUUUUGAAUUUUGAUGAUUAAUUGAG